AUGGAUGGCCAGGAAGUGCAAGUGCCAACUGAGCUUGAUGCGCGAGUGGAGACCAUUCGCAUCUCUGUCGCCAACCAGCUGGGCAUCAGCUCUCACCGAAUUAAACUCGCUGCUGGUGCAGACGCUUUGAACAACGAAAGAACACUCAGGGAGUGCGGUCUGGAAGCGGAUGCCGUGGUGUCAGUGAUCGUGUUGCCGCCGCUCUACGGCGCGCUGGGGCGUGCGGGCAUCGCUGCCCCCGGGGAGGUCAUGGCAGCGAAGAUGGAGCUCCACGAUGCUCUGGCGCAAGCUGGAAAGCUGACGCCCAUUCACAGCUGA